CCGACUCGCCGUAGAGGAUAACCAACGUGCGGUGUUGUGACUGAAACGUACUGCCUCGACCAAGCUACAAGUUUAACCCGAGCACGUGUGGGGGCGGCGAGCAGCACGAAUCCAGUAACUCCUCAGCGUUCCCGCCGUGUGGAGGCGUCUGCCCUGCGAGUCCCGGGAGCCGUUAGCUAGCUAAACCCGCGCGGCUAGCGUCCGAAACAAGGACACGGUGAGGGGGGGGAGCGAGAAAAACGAGAGCGAAACCGGCCGGCGGUGUGCAGAUAAAAGUCAAGAAAAAUUCCAACCCGCGUAAGCUGCCCCGAGAGCCCGACGGAAACAUGUCAGAGGCGCAGAGCGAGACGAGGAAACGGAGCAAGAAGCACUACGCGGCCGGGCACCACAACAAGCGGUGGAAGGGGUCCCGGGAGCUGGAGGUGGGCAUGCAGGGGAUCCUCAUCACAUGCAACAUGAACGAGAGAAAGUGCACCGCGGAGGCCUUCAAUCUGCUCAACGAGUACGCUGACCAGCUCUACGGGCCCGAGAAGUCUUCCCAGCUGUCGGAUAACAAUGGAAGCAGCGCUGAGGAAGAAGAUGCUGAGGAAGAAGAUGUGGACGUUGCCCUGAAGAAGGAGGUGGCGCAGCUGCAGGCGUCGGGGGCCAAACAGGAGCGGCGCUUCCAGGCGCUCGACAGCGGAGCGAACAACGUCAUCUUCAUCAGAACCCAGAAUCUUGAAUCUGAUAAACUGGUUCAUCACAUCCUUGCUGAUCUCCACACCACCAAGAAGAAGAAGUCCCGCGUGAUCCUUCGAAUGCUGCCGGUGACCGGGACAUGCAAGGCCUUCCAGGAAGACAUGUUGAAGUACCUGACCACGUUCUUGGAGCCCUGGUUCAAAGCCCCCAACUGUGCAACCUACCAGAUCGCCUUCAAGGCUCGCAACAGCAGCCACAACAAGAGGGAGGAAAUCAUCAAAUCCAUCGCCGGUACACCUGACACCAUCUUGGGUUGUCUCGUGGGGAAGCUGAACCCCAAGAACAAGGUGGAUUUGACCAACCCAGAACUGACAAUCAUCGUCGAGGUCAUCAAGGCCGUGUGUUGCAUCAGCGUGGUAAAAGACUAUACCCUGUACAGAAAGUACAACGUGCAGGAGGUGGUGAAAGAGGAGGCGGCCAAGCCCGACCCGGCAAAGGCCGACACGGACGCCACCGGCCAGAAAGAGAAAGACGAUGGGGAGGCGACGGGAGAGACCAAGGAGGACGAGGACAAAAAUGUGUCGCCCAGCGAGGGGGAGGUUGACAAGGGUGAAGAGGGGGGAGACAUUUAAAACAAAAAAAAAAGAAGCAGCCAGUUGGUGUGACAUAAUAUCAAGUUUCUUUUUUUUUUUGUAGUGCUGUUUUUGUGUUUGUUUUUUUAUGAACCCAUGACAUUUGUCCGAACAUAAGGUUGAUCAAGAAUCCGAGGGGGUCCCUGUAAUCCAUGUUUUCCGUUUUUUAUCUGCGCAUAAAGAUAUCAGACCUCCACAGAUGUCCUUUACUGAGCUGAACGUUUCAGAAUCAGUGGUUUUGAAUUGUCAGUGCGGAGCAUCAUUUUUUUGCUACAAACGCUAGAUAAGCUUUGUUUUGUCUUUUCAAAGAUUAAUGUAAAUUUAAAUGUCAGUAGGAUCCUAAUUUUAAUGUUUUUACAUUCUAAUUUUUCUUAAAGGUGUGUUUCUCAGGUGAACAGGUGUGUGACAUCAGAGACGUUGGAAGGUAGACACCUGCCAUUUAGAUAACAUCGUCAGGUCGCCUCUGAACUCCGGGAACGUUUGAUAACUGUCCGCUUUUUGUAACUGUUAUUUUCUAAACCAGUUGUCGAAUUAAAUCCUCCUGUGUGUGGCCUCCCACGUGUUCUCCACUUAUUUAAUGAUGCGUCACAUGAUUAAAAGAUGUUAACC